GCCGCGGAGGGACUGGGGAGCCGGGCCAUAGAGCGCGGGUCUGGCGAGUGGCAGCCCAACUAGCCACAUCGCCGCCCCAGCCGCGUGUGCGGGGGCGGAGGGCGGGGCUCGAGACCUGCGGCGGCUGGAGAUGCGGCCGGCUGCAGGCACGCGGCUGGCUCGUCUCGGCCGCCGCCGCCUUCUCGGGCCCCGGCGCGGGGGUCGCCGCGGCUGCGGCACCGUCCUUGAGUUCCUAGCGUGAGGAGCGGUCGGAGUCGAGCACCGCGUUCGAGGCCGAGGAGGAUUCCCGCGCGCACGGCCUGCCCAUUGCUAUGGACAGUGCCAUCACUUUGUGGCAGUUCCUUCUUCAGCUCCUGCAGGAACCUCAGCAUGAGCACAUGAUCUGCUGGACAUCUAACAAUGGGGAGUUCAAGCUUCUGCAGGCUGAGGAGGUGGCUCGUCUCUGGGGAAUUCGCAAGAACAAGCCUAAUAUGAAUUAUGAUAAGCUCAGCAGAGCCCUGAGAUACUACUAUGUAAAGAACAUCAUUAAAAAAGUGAAUGGUCAGAAGUUUGUGUACAAGUUUGUCUCUUAUCCAGAGAUUUUGAAAAUGGAUCCACUGACAGUAGGCAGGAUUGAGGGAGACUGUGAAACUCUAACUUCCAUUGAAGCCAGCAGUUCCAGAGAUGCUGAGAGCGGGGCAAAGGAACGGGCACCUCAGCCUACAGCCAAGACAUCUAGUCGGAAUGACUACAUACAUUCUGGUUUGUAUUCUUCAUUUACUCUCAACUCUUUGAACACCUCCAAUAAGAAGCUUUUCAAGUCAAUAAAGAUAGAAAAUCCAGCUGAAAAACUGGCAGAGAAAAAAACUCAGGAGCCAACACCAUCUGUCAUCAAAUUUGUAACAACACCUGCUAAAAAGCCACCCCUCGACCCUGUUGCCAUUACCUUCUCAGCAAGCCCAAGCAUAUCUCCGUCUUCUGAAGAAACUAUCCAAGCUUUGGAGACACUGGUUCCUCCCACACUACCUUCUCUGGAAGCCCCAGCCUCUGCAUCCAUUCUGGCUACCACCUUUAACCCCACUUCUCCCGUUCCCUCCGGACCUCUUCCUCUAAAGGACCCUCCUAGGACGCCUUCUCCGCCAUUGAGUUCUAACCCAGACAUUGACACAGACAUCGACUCAGUGGCUUCUCAGCCAAUGGAACUUCCAGAGAACUUGUCACUGGAGACUAAAAAUGAGGAUUCAGCUUUGCCAGAAAAGGACAAAACAAACUCAUCAAGAUCCAAGAAGCCCAAAGGGUUAGAACUGACGCCUGCUCUUGUGGUCACAGGCAGUGACCCCAGCCCCCUGGGGAUCUUAAGCCCAUCGCUCCCAACAGCGUCUCUUACACCAGCACUUUUCUCACAGACGCCCAUCUUGCUGACUCCGAGCCCCUUGCUCUCCAGCAUCCACUUCUGGAGCACUCUCAGCCCAUUCGCUCCCCUGAGCCCAGCCAGACUGCAAGGUGCUAAUACGCUCUUCCAGUUUCCUUCUGUGCUCAACAGUCAUGGACCAUUCACUCUGUCUAGCCUGGAUGGACCUUCCACUCCUGGCCCAUUUUCUCCAGACCUGCAGAAGACAUAACCCGUGCAGUUGGGAACUAAGAGACCAAGGAACUAAGAAACAGAGAUGUCCAGCAGGAUUGGUUUGAAAUGAGGGAUAGUUCUGCAGUGUUCUUAUAGACUGUUGUAAUUUUCCCAUUGCCUGUUGAAAGCCUUUUCAGGAUUCUCAGAAGUUGGACUGUAUAAAAAUGCCUUAAUUGGAGUUCAAACUCCGCCUCACUUCUUUUUUAAAAAGGUGUUUUGUUGUUGUUGCUGUUUUUUGUUUGUUUAAGCUUUGUGCAAAAAACAUUGGUCUCUUGGGGUUCAGCAGCUGUGUUUUGCAAGAAAGCCGCAGAACAAAGUUACUGGUCCUGGAUGUUAGGACUCUUUGGCCAGGGGGAAAGUAUGUUUAGAAUCUGUUAUUUAAAGAAAUACUCGUUAGCUGUGUAUGAUGACCUGCUUCUGUGAUCCCAGAACUUGGGAAGCUGAGGCAGGAGGAGAACACCAAGAGUUGAGGGCCAGCCUGGGCUAUAAAUAAAGUGAGACUGUCUCAAAAGGAUAAAAAUAGUACUUAAACGAAGUUGAUAGUGUGUUUAGUAGUGAGUGUGCUCUGUUGAAUGACUAAAAGGAGCCACUCCCUAACAGUGGGAGAGAGAAUCAUUCCUAUUCUGAGGAGGAUUAGAGUAUUACCACAUGGGAGGCUCUGUCAUGAUGGCUCUUGUUUGCACUCAUGCUGGCUGGAUCUCUGUGCUCUACCCUUGAUCUCGUCUGAACCUGUCAAUGGAUCCUGGCCCUGAGCUUUUAAACACAAGGCUUUGAAAGCUCAGUUUUAAUGUGGGUUUUGGAGCAUUCGGUGGGAAUUACAGGACCCCACCUGGGGCACAGCACUCUCGUUUGCUCUGAGUGGUGUGGUUCUGUGCAACGCGUCUUGGAAAAUGAUGACUUUUAGGAAGUAGAGUUGGGGUUUGAAAAUUGAAUAUUAGAAGCAAGCAAAAAAGUUCAAUUGAAUACCCUGAGACACAGGUGGAGGCAUUUUCCAGCUAGAAGACACCCAGAGUGACAGACUCCCCUUUCUUCUUCCUGCUAAUUUUACCCACUCUGCUCUGCACUUACCAGGCUUCCUGACCUAAGGUCAGAGGAUGCAGUCAGGAAGGUGGACUUGAAAGUGAAAUUUCUGGUCAGGAAAUAAAGAUGUGCUUACUUUCCAAAAAUGUUUUAAAUGAAGGAAGAUCAGAUUCCAUUUGGGCAUUCUCAUACAUAGGAAUAUGACUGUUAAAUUAGUAGCGAGAACUACCUUUCAUAAUCUGCGGACCUUCAUCUGCAGAUUGUCACAUCUAUAAAAUGCUGUGUGUAAGUCAGAGUCAGGUGUACACAGGCACAUUGAUCUCUCAGUCUGAAUUGAGGGCAGUAUCACAGCAGAAUCUUGAAUAUUUCGACUCUACAGUCCAGAACUGAAUUAAAUUACAUGCCCUGCCUUCCGCCCAUUAAACCCAGACAUGACCAGAGUGGAAUGACGUGGGACCUGCAGGCCCAGGAUGACACUGAUGCAGAGUGACAUCUUUCAGCUGCACAGCUUUGGCUGUCCAGUGCAGAGAUGCUUACGUAUGGAAGUGUGUGCUGGCUGGGUAGUGAAGGGCGACAGUUGGAGACCUGUUACUGGUUCAUUGUGGUUAUCUAAGUGUCCUGUUCCCAUGAUGUGCAAUAGUAGGGCUGAAAGGUAGUGCUCAGAGUGUGGGGAACAGGCACUGCAGUGGGCUUUCUUCCCAUGGCAGAAUAUUUAGUUUGCAUGCAUAUUUGGAAAUACCCACAGCAGCACUUUGUAGUAACUUAGUGGGUUUUCAUUAUGUGUGCUAAGUAAAUAUUGAGAGUUGACCUAACUAGAUGUUUGCAGUUCUGAAAACAUCAAGUUUUAUCUUCUUGAGUUAAAGGAGAAAAGCCAUUGGUUUGUUUUGACAGAUGAUAUAUUUGAUAAUUUACUGUUUUAGCACAGGGUGCCAAGGGCCCAAGGGUACCAUUUAAACUCUGGCUGGGUGUGGUAGCAAGGUCUAUGAUACCAGCACUUGGGAAGUGGAAGCUGGGGGAUCAAAAAUCAGGGAUAGCCUCAGCUACAUAAUGAGUUUGACACUAGCUUAGACUACAUGAGACCUUGUCUUUAAAAAAAAAAAAAAACAGAAGCAAAAAACUCAGAGCAAGUUAAUAAGAAACCAUGAGGCCUUGGGGGAAUAGAUGGACCUGCUUUCUUCUGGAAAUGAGUGAAUUCCAGGAAGCGUGUGCUUGUUCUCUGUGUGUGUGCGUUUCCGCCUUGCUGUGUGUGUGAGGCAGACAUUUCUUUCUGUAGACUACCUCCUUCCUGAAAAAGUUUGAGCUUUGUAUAGUGGAAUAGCCAUAGAAUUCUUAGUGUCAACAGAUCAGUAUUCAGGGAGAAUUCUGGACCUUCGGCUCACAUCUGGUGUCCACCCAGCCAGGUUGCCAGGCGAAUGGUGCUGACCGUCAGUAGCCUGAGCGGGGUCUCUAGGCCCUGGGAAUGCCUGGGUUUGAAGGAUCUGCUGGUUUCCUUGGUUUUCUGUGGCUCAGUGCGGUGGUGCCACACACCCCUGUGUAUACUUCUCUGGGUGCGUUUUCUCUUGGACUGUACUUUGCUCUUACUCAUGCUGAUUUUUCUUAAAAUACAAAAUGAAAAUGUCAGGUCUAACUUAAAUAAUCUUUUCAUGAUUUCUUAGAGUAUUAUUGUGAUGUUACAGUCUCUGUGGCAUAGUCUGUGUGUUUGAAUAAGGGUAGAAAUUUCCACUGAUUUAAAAAAGUAUAUAAUAUAUAAUUGAAUCUAGAAGCCCUCAAAAAGCCAACCUUAAGCUUCAUCAAGUUAAAAUCUAAGUUUGUUUUUCCUUACAUUUUAACAGUUAAAAUACAGUUUUUUCACUGUGUUUUUUGUUUUGUUUUGUUUUGAGAUAGGCUCGUUCUUUAUCCCCUGGCUGACUGUGAACCGAAUCCCAAAUGCACAAGUGUCCACCACCAGGUCUGGUUUUCAAAUUUUGGUGGAGAAAGUAAGGUCAUGAACUUGCAUAGCGUACUGGGUUUUUCUUCUUAACCUGGAAAAUUCCUUUCAGAUGUGUACUAUACUAGAGAUCAAAAGGGGCAGAGUAGCUGGCCCGUAUACUGGAGGCUUGGUGUUCAUGGCUUAAUGCCAGCUGUUGAUAAUGCCAGUGUUAUUUCGUUCACCUUGGCCUUGUGAGGUCAGGUACUCUUACUGAGGCCUGUGGUUUUAGCAUCUGAAAGGCAGCUUUGUGUGUGAGGCCUUGAGUACCAUGCAGGCCCUCAGCAGUCUUCUGGACACACACCUUGAUUAGGAAAAGGUUUUCUUUUUGGUUUAUUUUCUUUUUUGAUUUUUGAGACUGGGUCUUUAGUCUAGGCUGGUCUCAAACUCUCGGCAGUUCUGCCUUGACAUCCCAAGUACUGAGAUUAUGAAAGUGAGCUACUGUUUGGCACAGUAGAAGUUGUCAACAUAGAAAUUUCUCUCAAAAAAUAUAUAUACAUAUCUCACUCUAUUAAAGUCACAGUCCCACUCUACUCUAACAUACAAAGUGGAGGUUUAGCAUAAGAAGGAAAUUCUAUAAAGCAUCCAGUCCUCUGAGCCCUUCCUGUACCCAGCAGAUGCCUCUACACCUAGAAUCAAACAAUUUCCUAAAUCAUCGACUCAACAUGAAGGUGCUCAUUUGGUUCUCAAAUACAGAUUUUUUUUUCUUUUAAUGUGGAGAAAUUCUAGCUUGAAAUUUUCUGGAGCUUUGUCAUAGCUUUUCAAAUUUCCCAGUAAUUCUUUCUCGUGGGGAUUCAUUCCCAAAUGCUUUCUGGAUUCCGUGCAUGUCCUGACAGCUUUUCCUUUUCAUCUCUGUGUUAUGCAUGACUGACAUUUUUAUUUUUAUAGUCUUCUUACAAACUUCUUUGGCCUUGUGUUAUAUUUUACCAGCAGCCUCACAAUUACGUUAGGUCAUUUUAUGCUAAAGUAUAUGCCAGCUUCAGCUUUUGCUGGAUUAGAAAGUGCUGUUUUGUUGUGUCUUUUUAUUUGGGACAUUUAAGCAUCUGAAGGAAUAGUUUACUCAAGGGCUUGUUCUGUUUAUCACUUAUUUACUGUAUAUAUGUAUUAGCCUGUGCGGAGAACUGGGAGUCAUGCCAUGGUGCCAUUCUUUGGCUUGGAAAGGUGUGGAGACAAGUGCAGGCCUGAGCAGAAACCCGGCUCGGAGUGGAUUCCAAACCAGCAAGAUUUGUUUGUACAGAUCAAGUGUUGAUGCUGUAGUCUGUUGUCGGGUGGGGGUGGGGUCUUCGACACAGCGCUGGGUAGGGACAGACACAUGUCUGUCUCUGCAGACUCUCCCAGAGGCUGGCUUCUGUGGGAAGCUCUUUGUUCCUUUUCUUUCUAGGUCUGCUGUUGUCAGUGGUGGUGCUGCCCCAUCUUCUCUUACGUUAUCAGAACUACUUACUGAAGGCGCGGGCUCCGUCUCUGAGCGGGUUCUUAGGGGUGAUGGUGUGUCUUGUGCUCGGUGGAACUGGUCACUAUCAGGGUCAUGUCUUCACCUAUAAACAGCAGAUGGGGAGGUCAGUUGUCAUCAUACUGCAAGUCCAGCAAGUGCUCCAUCUCAAGCUGACAGGCCUUCAGGCUGCUUUGCCGUUGCUGAAACAGAAUGUGACACAUGGCUAGCUUGCCAAAAAGAAAGCCAUUUCUUAGGUGCUGCUGUUUGUAGUUAACCCUUGUGAAAGGUAGAAAUGCAGGUGGCCCGUGGGAGAGUUACUCUGCAUGUUAGAUUUGACUUGAUGCUGUGGUGCUGGGGACAGAACCCCGGGCCCUCACACAUGCUAAAUAAGUGACCCUGCUUGGCUGCGUCCUAGCAACACCUUCCCCUUAACUAAAUGGCAGCUUCACCAGGAAAUUCCUGCGGAUUACAGCAGUCUCCUGAAGGUCACGUGUACCGCAGGUGGGGAAGUUUCAGGAAGUUAACUUAACCUUGAAGUAGGUACCUGGGAACCAAGCACGUUUCUAAGUCCUCUCGAGGUACUGACUGUGUACAUCUUUAUACUACCAUGUUGACCGGGCUAUGUGAAUCUUUUUCCAGGAGAGGCAUAUUUAUCCCCUAGGGUGGAAACACCUGCUGUGCCUACAGGUGUCACUUCUAAGGACAGUGCCUUGUUCUGUUGAGUUUUUAGUGUGCAGAAUCAUAGGCCUUACAGACCAGUUGCCGCUGUGUUGAGACCCCGAUCUUAGCCUGCUCUCAACAGUCAUCUUACCCUACACGCUUCUCUUCAUCAGUAAGUGUAAGGACAUCUUUCCUAAAGCUCUCUGCAUGUCUGUUUGCUCCUAGGUUGUCUGGGAAGUUUCUCAUGAGGAGUCCAGGGUGUAAGUGGAGGGAGGACUCCUGGCUUGUUGGCAUAAUGAACCCUUUAAACCCUAUAUUAGCAUUAGCAGAAACCUCCCAGGGGGUCAGGCUGAAUAGCCUCAGUUUUGCCAUGUUCCCGUCUUAGUAAGGUCCACCGAUUCCCAUCCCUCCAAGGGAUGUGAGCUGUGUUCACAGAGUCUGGAAUCUUCUUGAUAGGUGAGAGAGAGAUGGUGUGCCUGGCGGCUGGCCCACGAGUCCUGCCAAUAAAGUUACUCACUCUGUCAGUUUUCAGGAGUGGGAAUUCUGUGGACUGCUAUUAAAUCACUUGGCACUUUCUUGGGAUUUAUAUUAACACUGUUUGCUUAUUUGUUGUUUUUUGUUGGUUGGUUUUUGAGACAGUGUCUCACUGUGUAGCUCUGAGAAACUUGCUAUGUGAACCAGGCUGGCCUUGAACUCACAUAGAUCCUCAUUCCUCUGCCUCUAAGUGCUGGGAUUAAAGGCAUGCACCAUCAUGCCAGCUGUUUUUGUUUUUAAUAACUGGAAGCAGUUAAUGGUUAUUUUGCUUGAUUUCAGCUUCAGGAUAUUGAGGGAAAUACAGUUCAUUUCUCAUUUCUAGUUUUGGGAACCUAGGUGUGUCUGAAGAAGGAGAAAUGGAUUACCUGAUGAGUCUUCUUCCAGGCUCCGUAAGGCAGCCUCUUCCAGCUAGGAUGUAAAUGAUUCACAGACUUUUAAUACUGUUCUUUGUAGAAAUUUAAUGAUUUUGAAAGAUUUGCAUUGGUAGAUUGCACUGUAAAUUCGAAAAGUAUACAGCUGCAAGGGAUUUUAGUUGUUGCUUUCCUUCCUUGUUUAUUUCUGUGACGUAGGGAACACAGUCCCUUCUGAGACAUUUCACUGUUUGCUUGAGGACAGUAUUACCAGUGGGCUCUGUGUGACAGCAGUUGCUGCUGCCAUUGCUGGCAAGUGCUAUGGAACAGCGUGUUUCAGCCCUCCCCGUUGGGCGUUACGGGGAUCAGCUAAAAUGCACACCUAGGCAGGUCUUUGAGUUCCUGGAGGCCUGCUUACCAGUGUGGCCGAGGUUCUUCCUUUUACUUCUAGUGGUUUCAUGUGUCUUUGUGGGUAGGAAAGACUAAGUAUAAAAACACAUGCCUGUAAUCCCAGUGCUUAGGUGUGCAGGAAGGAUGAUUCCAUAGUUCAGGGUCAUCCUUGACUACAGAGUGGUGAGCAGCCUGAGCUAUGUGACAGCCUGCCUAAAAAUAUACUUCACUGGGUGCUCUUCUAGAGGAGCAGAGUGCGAUUCUCAGCACCCAUGGCAGGUGGCUCAAAACUGCUGUAUUCCCGUGCUAGAGGAUCUGACACCCUCUUACAGCUUCUGUGGGCAUCUGCACAAUAUUGAACACACGCUACCUUUUUUUUUUUUUUUUUUUUUUUUAAGAAGCCUUGGUUCAUUUUGAUACUGAUUAGUUUGGGUCUAAACAUAAAAUUUUGGGUUAAAACUAGUUUAUUAGAAUUAAGUCCUUUAUUCAUCAAAUAAUUAAAUUGACUUUUUUUAAAAAGUAGAUUUUGUUUUUAUGUGCUGGGUCUUGUCUUGCUUGUCUGGUUACAACAGUCUCUUCAGUCAACAUCCUGAGUAGCUGGGACUACAGGUACAUGCUACCACAUCUGUCUUAAGUCUGCAUUUAAGAACAACCUAAUGAUUUCCCGUGAGUCCUACUAGAACUUCUUUUUAAAGAGGACCUCCUGAGCGGGGACUUCGACUCAGCUGGUAGGGUGCCUGCCUGACACACUAGCCCAAAGUUUGAUCCCCGUUAUGUCAUAAAUUGGGAGUGGAGGCAAAGCCUGUAAUCCUGGAAUCUAGGAAUAUAGAGUCCAAGGUCAAGUGGCAAGUUUGGGGCCAACCUGAGGUACAAGAUCCUUAGGACUAAUGGGAAAUAACCACGGGUUAUUUUAAAUGAUGUGUGCUAGGUGGUUGAGUCCCAGUGAACCUGGCAGUUGCUGCAGUAUAAGGAGUGCACAUGAGCUAAAAGGUAAAUGACAUUAAAUAACAAACUCUUACUUUCCAUUCAGUUAAUCUGUAACUUAGUAAAAAGCCUGUGUUCUGCCAUAGAGUGACUGCAAUGUAUACCCACCAGUGUUUGCACAGGAUGGUGGGUGGGGACAGGUUCCUGUGUGUGUGAGUUUGGGGUGGGUGGUAAAGGACUUGGCAGGGCACUCAGCUCCUUAGAGGAACUGUUGCCUGUGUGUCCACCCCUCCUUGCUUAUUUUAUUGAAAUCUAUGUCUCAUAUUACUCAGUGUCAUCACUUGGUAUGAGUAGAUCUUAGAUGGGUGUAAGCAACACCUACCUGCCCAAAAGAAGAGCUGUCAGGGUGAUACUAGUAACAUGUCUUAAUUUAGUUUAGUUUAUAUUAAAGAGAUCUGCAGAGUAUUAAAUCACUUUUUGUUCUUUCGGAAAAAGCAGUUGAAAUGGUAACUGCUAACAGUCCUUAAAAUUAACACUGGUGGUUCUUACACCCGGACAGACUGCGUCAUCUCACCCAGCUACAGAGUAGUAACACUUAACUGCAGAGAUAAAGGGGUGUUGUUUUCAGGCUGGUGAUGCCGGUGUGGAGUCUUGAAUUCUGCCUUGGGGUGACAGAAAUGUCAUGGAAUUGAGGGGGGGGGUGAAGGACGCAUGCGCACUUUGAGGGCUUUCUAACGCACUGCGGUUCAAAAACAAGAUGGCGGUCCACUACUGGGUGCCGUCUGCAGGCAUUGCUAGGGACCUUACUUCUGUUGCUUCUAAGCUUUAUGCAAAGGCUUUGUUAACUUCUAUAAAAAUGUGUAUUUUGAGAAAAAUGAUACAUUUUUAAAAAAAAAACUUUUAUGUAAGAACUGACAGAGGGAUUUACUUGUAUGUGGGAAGCUGGCUUUGAGGAAGCACUCUGGCGUGUUUACUGUAAGUCCAGAGCUGUAGAGGUCUGUUUAUAGAUAUAUGUGCAACUAGAUAUGGACAACGUAUUUUUUUAAAAUAAAUAUUUUUAACAAAA